UUAAGAACACAAUCAACUGCUGAUCAUUGUUAGUUUCUUUGUAACGUUCGCGGUGGAAGUGUAUAAACGAGCUUAAGUGAGUUGAAGAUGUCUCCAUUUUGGUCCUUUUACCAAAUAUUAAUAUUCCUGGUUAUAUUUCAAUUUCCAAGAGGUGAGAGUUAUUCGAGACAAUAUAGAAUACUUUCUGGUGAUUAUUAUUACCCUUCCUACCGUUAUUAUGAUGGUUACCGAAUUACUUCGCCAUCAAAAAGUUAUUACGUGAAACCAUCCAGUUACUAUCAAGACGAUAAUGUCUAUAUAACGGAUAAAUAUGGACAAACUACCGUCGUUAACAAAAAUUCGUACUAUCAAAGAGCAGCGCUAACAUCUCCACAAAUUUCGUCCCUCAGUUUACCGAGUGGAAAUUUGUGCGCCAAAUGUGGACAAAAUGCUCAAUGUGCUAUUGUUGAUGGUAGACCGGUUUGUUCCUGUUUAAGAAGUCACAUAGGAGACCCUCUUUCAUCAUGUAAAAGAGUUGAAUGUUUAAGUGACUACGAAUGUGGUCCUCAUCAAAUGUGCAAAAAUGAUAAAUGCGUUAAUCCAUGUGAUGGAGUCUGCGGCAUCAAUGCAAAUUGCGAGGUUCGACUACAUGUUCCAGUGUGUAGUUGUCCAUCUGGUUAUACUGGCAACCCUUCUUUGAGUUGUCGAAGAUUCGAUCCAGCUGAAUUAUGUCAUCCAAGUCCGUGCGGUGUCAACACCAACUGUGAAGUGAUUAACGAAACCCCAACUUGCAAAUGUUCCCCUGGAUAUAAAGGUGAUCCGAUAACUGGAUGUCGCCACGAAUGCGACGCAGAUUCUGAUUGCGGUUCACAAAUGGCUUGCAUUGAUUACAAGUGUCAAAAUCCUUGUUAUACUCAAUGCGGACAAAGUGCACAGUGUCAAGGCGUUCGAAAUCAUCAAGCCAUUUGUGUUUGUCCCGAGGGUUGGCAUGGAAAUCCUUUCUCAGCCUGCAGAGCUGAAUGUUAUGCAGAUAGCGAUUGUCCGAGAAAUAAACCUGCUUGCUUUAUUACUGCAUGUAAAAAUCCUUGUGACAACGCUUGCGGAAUCGGUGCUAACUGCGAAUUAAGAGGUUUAACACCGAUUUGUUCAUGUCCGAAAGAUAUGACAGGUGAUCCAUUCGUCAGAUGCAGACCAUUCACAAAAGAGGACCUUUGCGAACCUAAUCCUUGCGGAAGCAACGCGAAAUGCACGCCUGGCUACGACAGAUCAAACAAUGAAAGACCAGUUUGUACCUGUCCUGUUGGUUACGUUGGUAAUCCUUUGACAUCCUGUACACCUGGAGAGUGUACGGAUGAUUCGCAAUGUGGUGAUCAUCGGGCUUGUAUUGAUUAUGCCUGCGUCAAUCCUUGUCAUGGGCAAUGCGGGGUUAACGCUGAAUGUAAUCCGAGAAGACACAUUGCAGUGUGUACUUGUCCAAAUGGUUAUAAUGGAGAUGCGCUUGUCUCUUGUCACCGUGUUCAAUCGACUCCAUAUUAUAAAAAAUAAGUAAUUUUGGUGAUCAGAGAAAUUAUUAACAAAAUUAUUUAGAUGUAAAAACUUAAAGUUAAUAAAGAAUUAAUCAGUGCAUUAUUAGUUUUAUAUCAUUAUGUCCGCAUUGUAUUGUUUUUCUUCUCCUUCUCAUUCAUUUCUCAAUGUUAAGCGGUUUUCUAGAAUAUUGUCCAAAUACAAUCAUUUUUAUCUCAUGUUAACGUUUAUUUAAACCACUAUCUUUUUUUGUAAUCAAUGAACUUUGUAACUUCUUAAACUAUAACCGAUGUUAAGUAUUAAAUAGGUCAAGUUUGAAUUUA